AUGAAGCAAAACGCCCUUUUCACAAGCUUCCCGGCCAUGUCGUCUGCCGAAUCCGAAAAUGGCAACGAUGCUAGCCAAUCAGAUAAUGAUUAUAACCUCGAAAAGCCUGAAUUCGAUGAUUUCGACGGGAAGCAGGCUUGGGUCGUGGUCACCGCAGCCGCUUGCUCGUUAUUUGUAUAUCUGGGUGUUCUCUAUUCUUGGGGCGUCAUGCAAGUUAGACUGCUGGAGACCAGCUCGACAUCACUUACGACGCUGAUGUUCAUCGGCUCCCUGGCAUCGUCUUUCAUGGUGUCAGUUAGUAUACCGGCCGGACUCAUGGUACGAAAGUUCGGGUAUCGAAUCACGGCUUUGACCGGAGCAAUGAUGAUGGGGCUCGGAGAGUUUCUGGCAAGUUGGUUGCCUCACCGUGUUGAGGCGCUGUUCAUUGUUCACGGCGUCAUGUUUGGCAUGGGCGGCGGACUAUCCAUCUUUGCCGUCUCAACCGCUCCUGUUCGUUGGUUCAAGAAACACCGAGGCCUCUCCAUGGGCAUCGUUCUUGGCGGCGGCAGCGUCGGAUCAGCAGUCAUGAGUGUGGUCACGACUGUUCUGGUCAAGCAUGUGGACGUCGCCUGGACCUUUCGCAUCCUUGGGUUCCUCCUCUGGGCAGUCUGCAUCCCAUCAGCAUUCUUGAUCCGGCCACCCCCUGGCUCGGACAACUCGCAUCUCCAACUGCAAUGGUUCCGUUUCCGAGAUACCAAGUUCCUAAUCCUUCUCCUCGGCACCGCCUGCGCAACCUUCCCCCUCUUUAUCCCACCUUACUUCAUUCCGAUUUUCGCUCGCACUGUGACGUCUUGGGAGCAUGCUGCCGUUCUUGGCCUCGCCGUUUGGAACGUCGCGUCAACGAUCGGCCGCGUCGGCGCCGGGCACCUAUCGGACUGUCUCCUCGGUCCAAUGAACAGCCUAGUGCUGUGCCUGCUUCUCACGGGCCUAAGCAUGCUCGUUGUGUGGCCAUUUGCGUCAUCAAUGGCAGUGCUCAUGACUUUCAUCGUCUUGAACGGCAUUGGAUGCGGCGCGUUCUUCAGUCUGGUACCAGUGGUGCUAGGGUCUGCAUUCGGAGCCACGAAUGUGUUGGGGACAAUCCCGUUGAUUUGGACGACGUGGUUCUUCGGUUUCUUCUUUGGUUCACCCAUUGGUUCCGGUCUCUACUCGUUGGCAGGACGGGGCGACAGCGUCGAGGCGUAUCGGCCAGCAGCGUACUAUGGCGGCGCCAUGUCUCUGAUGGGCAUGUUCUUCAUCCUCGCGGUUCGGUCGAUGCAGAACAAGACCGUCUUCACGAAGGUGUGA